AUGAGGAUCGGGACCGUCUCAUCAAUAGCAAUUUCAAAAGUUGAGAACAUAAUACUAACAUAAUAUAGGGUAAAGUUCACGGUUCUUUAGCUCGUGCUGGUAAAGUUAAGUCUCAAACUCCAAAAGUUGACGCUCAAGAAAAGCCAAAGAAGCCAAAGGGUAGAGCUUACAAGCGUUUAUUAUACACUAGAAGAUUCGUUAACGUUACUUUGACUAACGGUAAGAGAAAGAUGAAUCCAUCCCCAACUUCUCAAUAA